UUUUAAGAUAUUCCUUUGAACUCUUCUUAGAAUAUAAAGAGAUCAGACUGGCUGAAGGCUGCUCUGGCCAGUUGGAGGUUUUCUACAAUGGCACCUGGGGAAAUGUGUGCUUCAAUCAAAUGGACACAAACACAGCCAGCCUGAUAUGUCAGCAUCUCAACUGUGGAGACAGUCGGAGUAUUUUUAGUGCAUGGUCUCGGCUGAAAGGAGCUCUGAACUGGCUUGAUUACCUGAAAUGUCGCCCACAUGACUCCACACUGUGGCAGUGCCCGUCCUCUAACUGGGGAGAUAAUAGAUGUGAGGAAGGUGAAGUAGCUCAGAUACACUGUAAAGGAUGUUCUGCUGCUGCCAAGGACAGACCAUGUUCACGCCACCCCCCCAUGAGACUGCGGGGGGGCAGUAGCGAGUGCUCAGGGGGGGUGGAGCUGUGGCAUAACUGCUCCUGGGGGACGGUCUGUGACGACUCCUGGGACCUGAGAGACGCCCAGGUGGUCUGCAGACAGCUGGGCUGUGGGACAGCACUGGAGGCUCAUGGGAACUCUGCCUUUGGACGAGGAAAUGGCACCAUUUGGCUGAAUGAGGUGAACUGCAGGGGUGAUGAGCUCCACCUGUGGGACUGUCCUCACUCUCUACAGGAGCAGAGGAGCUGCAGCCACAAGGAGGAUGCUGGUGUUACCUGUGCAGGUUCAUCGCUGCUUAAGGCCACGACAGGUAAAGUUCAUGUAUUUAAUAUAUAGUGCUGAGGGGUUCAUCAAAUGUA